AUGGCUUCCAAAAAGAUCAUAGCCAAAUACGAAAAGUGUUUACAAACGUGUAUUUCAAAUCGCGAUCCGUUAGGAAUAGCAAAAAACAACGAUCAUUUGGGUGAUUUGUAUGCUACUUUAGGAGAGAAUGGAAUGGCCAUUCAGAAUUAUGAAAAAAGUUUACAAAUUUACACUCAAGUUAGCCAUUCGUCGGGAAUGUUAGAAAGCAAUACAAAGUUAGGCAAUACAUAUCUUAGUCUAGCAGAAUACGAAGAAGCUAUAACAUAUUACAAAAUGAGUUUAGAAAUAAGCACCAGAAUUGGUCUUCGAUCAGUAGUAGCAAAUAGCAAUUGCAGAUUGUGCGUUGCCUAUCGGUGCAAAGGAAAUUAUAAAGAAGCUAUUACCUAUGGCAAAAACGGUUUAGAAAUAAGCACUGCUAUUGGCUUUAGGUCAGGAAUAGCAAGUAACGCUACCAAUUUGGGCAUUGUCUAUCGAUGUAUAGGAGAAUAUUGGAAGGCCAUUGACUAUUGCAAAAAAGGUUUAGAAAUAAGCACUUCUAUUGGCGAUCGGUCGGGAAUAGCAAGUAACAUUGGCAAUUUGGGCAAUGCUUAUCGGUGUUUAGGAGAAUAUCAGAAGGCCAUUGACUAUUAUAAAAACGGUGCAGAAAUAAGCACUGAUAUUGGCGAUCGGUCAGGAAUGGCAAGUUACAAUGGCAAUUUGGGCAAUGCCUAUUUAAGUUUAGGAGAAUAUCAGAAGGCCAUUCACUAUUACAAAAAAAGUUUAGAAAUAAGCACUGCUAUUGGCAAUCGGUCGAGAAUAGCAGGUAGCAAUGGCAAUUUGGGCAAUGCUUAUCGAUAUUUAGGAGAAUAUCACAAGGCCAUGGACUAUAACAAAAAUGGUUUAGAAAUAAGCACUGCCAUUGGCGAUCAGUCAGCAAUGGCAAAUAACAAUCACAAUUUGGGGAAUGUUUAUCAUUGUUUAGGAGACUAUCAGAAGGCCAUUGAUUUUUUCAAAAAGGGUUUAAAAAUAAGCACUGCUCUUGGCGAUCGGCCAGGAAUAGCAAGUAUCAAUUGCAAUUUGGGCAGAUCUUAUGGAUGUUUAGGGGAUUAUCACAAGGCCAUUGACUAUUUCGAAAAAGGUUUAGAAAUAAACACUGCUACUGGCAAUCGGUCAGAAAGAGCAAUUAUCCUCAGCAAUUUAGGAAAUACGCAUCGAUGUCUUGGAGAGUAUGAGGUUGCAAGAUCACUCUUAGUGGAGUCAAUUAGUCUCUUCGAUAGGAUCUUUCUAGAUUUGGUUCCGGAUGAAAAUAAGCUAUCGUUCACGAAGCAAUAUUUCGAGUCUCAUAGAGGUUUAAUGAGUUGUUUCGUUUCUUUGGAACGUAUUGAAUCCGCAUUAUUGGUCAUUGACCUUGGUAGGGCUAAAGAGCUCCAUUGCUGCGUUGAAAAGCAUAAGAAUUUUGUGAACAAGGACAUGUUCGAUUAUGCACGUGCGAUAUGGAAUAGAAUCGAGGCCAAAGAAGAGCGAAGAAAAAUGAAAGAAAUGCAAACAUCUCUCCAUCUUGGAAAAAAUGAUACCUCAAUCUUACUAUUUGCUUUUAAUUCGAAAGAUUCUCUUAUUUUUUUGGUUUUAAAUGAUGAAGUUAUCUUUAGAAAAUUAGAUGCAUGUUUGGAAACAUUAGUGUCUCUAAUUAUGGAACUUCUUGAGAGAGUAAAAGUUAGUGUUCAUCGGAAUUCUUCGUUUUGCAACUUCAAUCCAGUUGUUGAUUCUCAUAAUCAAAUAAUUUUUCCAUUCGAAUUGCCGGACAGAAAGCCACUCUCUAAAAAUGCGUUUGAAAAUACUGCUUGCUCUAAUGAUUUGAGUAAUCGAGAAAUUUUGGAAAUAUUGUUCAAACUUUUAGUUUAUCCUGUGAAAGAUCUCGUCAACGGCAAUAAGCUGAUUAUUGUCCCAGACGAGCAAUUGUUUUUUACACCGUUUUCAGCAUUAAUUGAUGAAAAUGGAUCUUAUUUAUCCAACAGUUACAGCGUUCAAAUUACACCUUCAUUGCAUACCCUAAUGUGUACCAUGGAAGAAUCCUGUGACUCAAACUUUGGUUUUGCUUUGUUUGUUGGUAAUCCAACUGUUGGAAAAGUUUCUUUAAACGGAGAAGAUCUUACACCGUGUGGUCUUCCUAGUGCCGCUGAAGAAGUGAAAUGCCUCUCAAAGCUUUUCCAAGCUACCCCUUUAUUGGGACGCGCUGCAACAAAGGAAGUAGUAUUGCAACUUCUAAAUGGAGCUAGUAUAAUCCAUAUCGCGGCCCAUGGCGAACCAAAUCGAGGUGAAAUAAUGCUUGCGCCAAACUCUUCCCGGGUGCAGCCAUGUUUGACUGUUCCCACGCCAGAGUCAUAUCUUCUCACACAGCGAGAUAUUCUAAAUAUGUCUGUGCAAGCUCGCUUGGUAGUUUUAUGCUGUUGCCAUACUGGGCAAGGUGAAAUUACUUCGGAAGGUGUCAUAGGUAUAACUCGAGCAUUUCUUGCAGCCGGAGCGCGCUGUGUUCUUGCCACACUAUGGCCCAUUGACGAUAAUGCCACAAAAGAGUUUAUGGAAAAAUUCUAUAGCGAACUCUGUCAAGAAACACCAGUUUGUGAAGCUUUAAGAAGAACAAUGAACCUCUUUCAGAAACACGAAAUAGAAGUUUAUCGAUCCGUUAGAAUCUGGGGUCCAUUUACCGUCUAUGGAGAGGACGUGAAGUUCAAUAAGAAUGAGAUUGAGCAAAUCAGAGAAAAAUCUCGUGAGAUGUUUUCUGGUUUUGUAGUGCUUUAA